AUGGCGAUUGGGUUAACAGUUGUUACUGGAACAUCAUUGAACAUCAGCCAACCCAAAACCACCAACAAGAGCACCAGUUUUGAUGACACGUCCAACAAUCAGACGUUCAUAUUACCGGUGACCAUUUAUUAUGAGACUUUGUGCAGUGACAGUAUGGUAUUCAUCACCCAUCAGCUGUAUCCUUCUUGGUUACGUCGAGGCAAGGAAAUGAAGCUUGAACUGGUACCUUUCGGGAAAUCAUGGAUUGAACAGCGUGACAGUGAUGGACCAGUGUAUCACUGCCAGCAUGGAGUCCGUGAAUGUCAACUUAAUAUUCUGCACGGAUGUAUACUGGAAAAUCUUUCAAUGAGUCAAGCCUUCCCUGUGAUUGCGUGUCUCAUGAAAAAUUUUCGAACGAGUUUCGAUAAUUGUAUGGAAAACUAUGCAGAUAAGAAGCAAUCAAUCGUCGAUUGCAGUCAAGGUCAGCUGGGUGCCCAAUUAUACGAACGUUUUGCAAACCAAACAGAUGCCGUUCAUCGUCCAUUGCCUUUUGUGCCAACUAUAGUGGGUGACGAAUCAUAUAAUUAUUAUGAGCAAGACGAAUGGCUACAUCAUUUUGAUCGGAAAUUCGCUCAACGCUAUGAGCAGCAACAUGGAAGAAAAUUAUAG